UAACUCCUUUGUGACGUAAUUUCUAAGACUUCAAACCGGCUCCGUCGGAUGACGUUCUGCGUUGACGUCGCUCGCCGAUAUGACGGGACGGUCCCGUUAUUCCUCUCCGCGAGCGAUGGAGCGCACGAGGAAGACCGCGGUCCUCCACCGAAGCCGUUUAGCGCCGGAACACGCGGCGUGGAUGUGUUUUGUUUUCAUCCUGAACGCGUCCGCGGCGUGCGCCGUUCACCUGCGCCCGUGUAAAGAGGCGGACUACUACUUUCAGUACACGGAGUGUGACAGCACCGGGUCCAGAUGGAGGGUGGCCAUUCCUCUGAAUCCAGGAGAGUGUACUGAACUACCAGAACCUGUGCAGGGCGCCGACUGCACAUUCUCGUGCAAAGCGGGGGAGUUUCUGGAGAUGUCUGCUCAGGAGUGCACUCAGUGUGCGGCUGGCACUUACUCGCUGGGCAGCGGCCUGCGUUUGGAUGAGUGGGACGACAUCCCUCCUGGAUUCAGCAGCCUGGCGACCAGCCCUGAUAACACACGCAGCGGACAGAAUGUGUCCACCUGCAGCAGCGCAAAGUGGGUCGCUCAGGGCACGUAUCUGGAGUCUAGCAGAGAUGAGUGUACUGUGUCUCUGAUCUACACUGUACACUUGAAGAAGCCGGGGUCAGCGUCCUUUGAGUACCAGUAUGUGGAUAACAGCAUCUUCUUUGAGUUCUUUAUUCAGAACGACCAGUGUCAAGAGAUGGACCAGGAUUCAAAUAAAAAAUGGAUCAAAUUAACGACUCACGGAGAGUGGGGAACACACAGUGUGAAUCUGAAUUCUGGCACUAAUAUUCUGUAUUGGAGAACCACUAGAGUCACACUCGGCUCUAAAGCAGUCAAGCCUGUGCUCCUGAAGAACAUACGAAUUGAAGGUGUGGCGUAUACAUCGGAGUGUUUUCCAUGUAAGCCUGGGACGUUCAGUCGCACCCCAGGCUCGUCCUCCUGUGAGCCCUGUCCACGGGACACGUACUCCGGCCGAGGGGCCAGCUCCUGCACACCUUGUAACACAAAAACACACUACGCCUCAGAAGGCUCUGCCAUGUGCAAAAGUAGACCUCCAUGCUCAGAAAAAGACUACAUCCAGACGUACACCACCUGUGAUAAAGAUGGAAAGACUCAGGUCAUAUAUAAGUGGGUAGAACCUCAGAUUUGUUUGGCAUCUGCUGCUGGCGCAGUAACACUGCCCCCUUCCGGUCAGCGCCAGCCUUGUCCGCCCUGUAAUCCUGGUUUCUAUAACAACGACACUGCCACCUGUUCUCCCUGUCCACCCGGGACGUACUCCGAUGGGGUCAAAGCAUGCCGGCCCUGUCCAGCUGGCACAGAGCCUGUCCUCGGCUAUGAGUACAAGUGGUGGAACAUGCUGCCUGCCAACGUGAAGACAUCCUGCUUCAACGUGGCCAACAACAAUUGUGAUGGAUUGAAUGGUUGGGCGGUGGCGGGUGAUCACGUACAAUCAGGAGCAGGUCGAUCAGAUAACGAUUAUCUCAUAUUAACUCUCACUGUGCCUGGAUUCAAGUUGCCUGUGUCAGUUCGAGGAGCAUCCGGCGGUGAGUACGGCCGGAUCACUUUUGAGUUUGAAACCAGCUGCUCGGCUGACUGUGAGUUCUACUUCAUGACGGAUGUAAACAAAAGGAGCACAAAUGUCAUUGAAUCGUGGGAGGGGAGUAAAAGCAAACAGAGUUACACACACAUCAUGGCUGAAGACUCUCCUGUUGCGUUCACCUGGGCUUUUCAACGCACCAGUCAGGCUAGUGACGUGCGUCGGUAUGUAAACGACCUGGUGAAGAUUUACUCUGUGACUGUCACUAAUGCCAUGGACGGGGUGGCAUCAGCGUGUCGGCCGUGUGCCCUGCAGUCUCAGCAGGCCGGCUCCUCCUGUGUGCCCUGUCCGGCUGGACACUACAUUGAUAAAGACACCAACCGGUGCCAGGAGUGCCCUCCUAACACCAUCCUGUCAGGGCAUCGCAUCUACGGCAAAGAAGCGUGCCAGCCGUGUGGGCCAGGCAGCAAAAGCAACAAGGAGCACAGCGUGUGUUUUAGUGACUGUUUGUUCACAUACACUGACCAGAAUCGGACACUUCGGUAUGACUUCAGUGCUCUGAACUCCGCUGGCUCUAUCAUGAACGGGCCCAGCUUCACUGCAAAAGGCACAAAGUAUUACCACCUCUUCAAUAUCAGCCUGUGUGGAGCUGAGGGUCACAAGGCUGCGGUCUGCAGAGAUAAUGUCACAAACCUGCCCAAUGAGGACGCUGAAGGCGGUCAGCUGGGCAGUUCAGUGGAGGCUUUUCUCUGUCAAUCAACAAUUAUUCCAUCUGAUGGGCGGGGCUUAAGAACAGCUCUUUCCUCUCAGUCUAUUAGCCUGGCUGACACUUUUCAGGGAGCCACAGUAGAGAAAACUCAACUUAACGGAAUAACCACCAGACCAGAACUAUUUCCAUCUGCAUCCGAGAGAAUCCCAGAUGUCCACUUCUUCUAUCGAUCUUCGCAGGUCACAACCUCGUGUCCGAGAGGCAGGAAUGCAGUGGUUUCACUGCGCUGUAACCCAGAGAAAACAAUGAGAGGAGACAUAUCUGUGCCCAGCGAGUGUCCUGCAGGGACCUGCGACGGCUGUACGUUCCACUUCCUGUGGGAGAGCUCUAGUUCCUGCCCGCGCUGCACCGCUGUCGACUACCACGCCAUUGAAGGAGCCUGUAAGGCAGGAGUGCAGGACACAGUGUUUGUGUGGACUGAACCUCGGCUGUGUACUGGAGGGCUGACUCUCCCGCUCACGAGAACGUCCUCAUGUGAGGCGAUUGAUUUCUGGCUGAAGGUGGGCGCUGGGCUUGGAGCGUUCUCUGCUGCUCUGCUCGUCUCUCUGACCUGCUACUUCUGGAAGAAGAACAAAAAGCUGGAGUAUAAGUAUUCCAAACUCGUGAUGUCGGCCAAUAAAGAGUGCGAGUUACCUGUGGCAGACAGCUGCGCCAUAAUGGAAGGAGAAGGAGAGGAGAAUGAGGAGGAAGAAGUGGUUUAUGCCAACAGGUCUUCUCUUCUGGCUAAGCUAAAGGCUAUUGCUACUAAGGGCAACAAGACGAGCGGAGAAGCUGUCCAACUGCAAUUCUCCAAUACAGAAAAGUCUGUGUGGGGAUAGAAGAGGGAUGCGGAAAAGAAAGGGAUGAAUGGAAGUCCCAUAUCACACGUAGUGGCCUUAAGAAAACAAGGGUACGGGUGCCCGAGGAAGGAAGAUUGGUUAAACAAACGAGCCUGCGACGCCUCAGGAACCCGGAUGGACUUGUUUUUACGAAUAUUCCUGUCGAGAUUUGUCACUAUGCAGUUGUGUAUGUGUAUCGUAAAUGCGUGAAAAUUCCCUCCCUCUCCAGUGCCUGGGCUUCUCUAGAAGCUUUUUGGAGCGACAGGCGCGACUUUACACGAGUCCUAGCUUGUCAGAGCGAAUGUAGCCAAGGGUCACACAAAUACACUCAGACGUUAAGCUUUACUGACAGACGCUUCCAAUCCCGGCUAAACAGCACUGGAAAGCCAUGUAAAGUGUUGUGUUCGAGUGCAGCCAAAAUAGACUGUUUUUCUUUCUUUCUUUUUUUUUUUUUAGUUAAGUAACCUAUUUGACUGUGACGGUGACAUUCCAAAUGAAAUACGACAUGAAUAAAGUCUAUGAAUAAAGAGAUUACAGCAAAGCAGGAGUCAUUUCUGUACAGCUAUUUUUAUGAUUUUUCGACAUACCUCUGUGUUAAUCUGGCUUACAGUAUCAAGACAAACACGGGAGAUUUCAGGAGAAAAGGAUUCCUUCAGAACUGUGACUGCAGACUGAGGUGAUGAAACAUUUGCAGUCUAAUUAAGGAACUUAAUGAACUGCCGGUGGGCUUUUUGUUCAUAAAAUUUUAAGAGCCAUCGACAUGAAAUCUGGGGAAAUGAUCUGCAGAGACCCGUAUUGAUUCUGGAUUGAGGUGUAAACCUGUGGUUUACUGUGCCGUUGGGAUGUAGUUGUUUUGUUCGGUCCACUACUACUCUGAAGUGUUAGAUAUACUGUAGGCAAUAUUAUUCACAUGAGUAAUUCAGUGAUUUUUCUCAUUCUGUGUGUGUGUGUGUGUGUGUGUUUGUGAAAUUAACUUGUAACUGUGUUCAACUGAUGUCAGUUCUUGAUAAAAUUUGUUUUGAUAUUGUGUAUAAUAAAUUAUCGUUUGCACUCUCAAA